AUGUUCGAGGAAGACGAUUUCGGAAUUAUAGACAGGGAUAGUUAUCUGAAGGAUCCUCCUCCCACCGAGGACUUGUCGGAAUUGGCAGAUUCGACCAUCGAAAAGGCUAAGUCGAGCUUAACGGACAAGUACGAUGAGGAAAAGCUGAAGGAGGUGCUGUUCGACCUGAUGAUGGCGGAAAAAAAGUGCCGCCAGAACCUGGACGGAGAGUCAAACAAGAAAAUAUGCUGCUUCAUAAUAGAAGUGCUGUACAAAUACGGAGACUUCCCGAAUCUGAACUACUACCUGACGCUGUUGAGCAGAAAAAGAGGCCAGCUAAAAGUAGCAAUCAGCGGAAUGGUAGCAUUGGCAAAAGGAUGGCUUAAAGAGUUGCAAGAUAAGGAAGUGAAGGCGGGUCUGUUCGAAACGCUCAAUUCAAUGACCCUGGGGAAAAUAUAUUUGGAGGACCAGAGAGCAGAGUUGGUGUUCUCAGAAGCGAAGAACAAGGAGAUGGAGGGAAAGGUGUCGGAGUCAUUGGGACUAGUUCAGGACCUAGAGGUUGAAACCUUUGGAUGUCUAAGUAAAAUGGAAAAGGUGCGCUACAUAUUGGAGCAGAUGAGACUAAACCUGAUGGUGGGAGACUACAUAAGGUUCUUUAUCGCCAGCCGCAAAAUCAACGAGAAGCUGCUGGACGGAGACGACUUCUUCGAGGAAAAGCUGCGCUACUACGAGUACAUGGUGCACUACUACAAGCACGAAGGAAGCAUCUUCGAAGUGGCGCAGUCGCAUCACAAAAGGUACAACGCACUGAAUAGAAAAUUAUUUUAUGAUAGAGAAGAUAGAAUAGAAAAAGAUAGAAUAGAGAAGAUAAAAGUGGUUUUGGAAAGAGUGCUCAUAUACCUGAUAAUAUCGCCAAUUAACGAUGAAACGCGUACCUAUAUGAAAAAGGUAGACGAGGAGGAGGCGAAAAACCUGAAGAAGGUAGUGCUGAUGAAUGAGUUCUUUAAACAGUUUUUAUCGGAUUUACUGGUGCCAUACCCACUCUCACAAGAACUACACAGUAAAGUGACAUCACUGCUAUCGAUGGAUGAGUUGACAAUGCUUAACGACAGAAUAGUAAGGCACAACCUUCAGGUGAUAUCAAAGUACUACCUGAAGGUGACACUGCCAAGACUGUCAGAGUUGCUAGGAGUUAACGUACAGAAACUGGAAGAGGAAAUCAGUAAUUUGGUGUACACAAAUAACAUAUUCGCAAAAAUAGAUAGGCCGGCAGGAAUAGUUAAAUUUGGAAAGAGACAACAACCAGAAGUAGUAUUAAACAAAUGGUCAAACAGCAUAGGAAAGUAA